AAGUAUUCAUUCCAGUUUUCGUCCUGCUUGUCAACACGUCCACAAAUUAAAUUCGUUAUAAUAUAUUUUUGACACAAUUAAUACGUUUUGUGGUUAGCAGAGAUCAAGCGGAAUCAUGUCGAAUACCACAUUACGCCCAAUACCAACAUUGAAAGGCAUUUUUUCAGUACCGCGCCCCAACCCGGCUGAGCGUAAUUUUCUUAAGGAAAACAAAAAGAGCUUGCGUACUUUGGAGAAAACAACCACAGAGAAGCUUGCUGCUAAGGAGCCAGUUCGUCCAAAAUGGAUGCCUCCUCUGCGUCGCACAGCAUCAGAGGCACGCGAACUGUCCUCUGAAACAGGUAGCGAGGUUUGUCUGUUGCGCCAACAGAAACAAAAUAGUCGCUCACAGCAACGCCUGACUAAGACAGUGUCCGAUGAGCGUUACGAUGGCCUUAAUAAAGCAUCUAUACAAACAAUUUACCCACCACCGGAACGACGUGAUCAGGUUGAGGAGAAGUCAUCUGUAGAAUUGUGUGUAGAACGUUGUCAAUCCUGCGGCUCACAGCGCACAAGCAGUGGCACCAGCAUUGGUAUACAAACAGAAGAUAUUACCGAUCAGCUUUAUCUAACCAAUGCUUUGAAGAAAUGCAGCCUAGAUAGCAAGUCAAUUGCUGGCGAGAACCGUUUUGAUGGCGGCGGCGACUAUGAUGAUAACUAUGGCAGCUACAGUCAGUACCAAGAUGAUAAUGAACAGCCGCUCUCAGCUCGCUCACGUGGUAGUAUUGGACAUAAGCAAGCUUCUAUACACAAUUCAUACAUGGACGAACAUGUAACCAUGCCUAUGCCAGCUGCAGAUGGCUAUGGUGACGAGGAUGAAGCACCACUUAGCGCACGCAGCCGUGCCACUAUAGCCAGCGUGGCUUCAAAUGCUACUACAAAGUCUAAGCGUCGCCCGCACAAGCUAGGCUCACGCGAUAAUCUGCUCUUGCCUCACUAUUUGGAGAAGGAGAAGCGUGAAAAGGCCGAGGCCAAGGAGCGCUUUGUGGCCAAAGAUCCAGACUGCCCACAGGGACAUGUGCUGCUCAGCGAAGCGGAACGUCUAAGCGCGCUCAACGGCGCCCAGCAACGCUUUGACAAACUCAUACACGAACUCAACCACAUGCCCAUGACUGCACAGACACUGCGCGUGCGUGCACGCAAGGCUGAGAUUGACAAGGAACUAACUGUUGUUGAGGAUGAAAUACGCAUCUUUUCCAAGGCCAAGGUCUAUGUGAAAGCUAAUAAAUCGCGCAAUCUCUAAUCGAAGUUGUGUAACAAAACACAAAAAAAAAGCAAAGAAGCUGAAGCAUUUAAUGAAAACAAACGGGAAACCCUUAGCAUGUAUAUAAGGUCAUAUGAACUCUAGUCGGUUUUUCUUUUUAUGUUAAUAUUAUUUUCAUUUGUGAAUUAUGCCUGCAACUUGCAAAAUGAGCACCGACACUUAUGAAAGGCUAAGAGAACCAAAUACAAAGACUGCACCGCUAUAAA